CUUUCUCGAUAGUAACGUUAACCCAUGUGCAUAUCAGCGCUCUUUUCAAGAUUCAGGUAUCCUCAUCUUCAUGAUCUUCAUUGUGAGGUUUCUGUGAAAGAAAUUGACCCCAAAACUAGGCAAUUUGCUGAUAACUCGAGGUUCUUUCUUAGAAGGAUUCUUCUCGGAUUUUACGUGAAGACCGAUAAAACUAUGGUUCAGACACUAGAAGCUAUCAAGGGUGGUGGAGGAUCCAUUAAAGUUGGAAGCACCGGGACAAUCAGUGUCCUGAUGUCAAGGGAAUUAGAAUCUAGUAAUUCUGCUUCUCAAACGCCUGAUACAAGUAGAAAUGAUUCUUUUCCAGCUUCUGUCACGUCCCCAGCUGAUGAAACUUCUUCUAGAAGACUGAAAUCUAAAACACCAGUGAAUGAAGCAAGUAGCAGUGGCACGAGCAGUGCUAAUCAUAAAGUCCCGGAAACUACGACGAGGAAAAAACAUUACAUGGGAAAAACUCAUCAAAUUCCGAUGCUCAAAGCUGAUAAUAUCUCAAUAGACGGAACUCCUAUUAGACCAAAACCCGCAAGAAAGGGGUCUGCCAUGGUAGAAAUUGUCGACAUAAAAUGUGGAAAUCCAGACAGGACAUGGACAAGCCCUAUUACAAAUCGUCUUAAAAAGCUAAGUUUCUCGAAAUUGUCCGAGAACAAUGCCUAAAUUUGCAGCCUCUUAAGAUCAGACUUCAGAUUCCUGUAAGUGAUUCCGGAAAAUUGACUUGGCCGAUUGCUUUCUGCUACUUCUACCAUGGAACACAUGCUUGGUAUGAGCCUGGUGCUUCCUCGUUUCUUCUUUUUCGAAACUCCAACCGCUGACCCGAUCUUUGGUCCUAUUAACUCACUAGACGAAGCUGAGUCAAUAACCUGACAAUGACUCUUGCUGGAGCUAUUCCGACAACCUAAUUCAAGCUGGUUAAAGUACUCGAUUUCUUGCAUUAUAAGGGAUCCAACAGUGCCUCUGGUUCCUAUGGCAACAGGUUUACAUUUUGCAGCCAUUUUCUCGGGAACUGCUAAGCCAAUGGCAUCGUGCUUAUGCAGAGUUUUUUGUAGAGGUUGAAGGGAGGUGGUUGUGUGAUGGGACAUCGUUGUUAGAUCCUUAGACCUUGUUCUUUUACAUGAAUUCUUACCUUAUAUUAAUGUGGAGAUUGGGUGUGGUCACUGGAUUCAUGUGCAUUCAGUUAAAACAAUUUAAUUUGCUUUUAUUUAGUCCA